GAGAGUGGUGUGGGUGGGUUUCUCUACUGUGUGUGAAUGGAAUCCAAAGGAAGAAGGAAUAGUAGGCACACAUACAUGAUACAUACAUGGAUAUGAAGCAAUAUUGCGAGUAGGGAGUAGUGAUUCGUCAAAACCCCCCCUUUUAUCUGUGCCUGCACCCGGAUUGGCUCAACUUGCCUGCUUCCCUUUCCUCUUCUUAUUUUAUUCUUAAUUAUUAUCUCAUCACAUCACACACUCAGAAAUCAAAUACUCACAAGAGAAAGCAGCAUUGCAAGCCACGUUAUUGUUAUCCACUUCUAAACUCAAUUACUCAACACCCAACAGGCUUGUUUUUAUCCCUCCCUCUCUCUCUCUCUCUUCCAUUCCUUAUCUUACAUUUGUUAUUAUUUACUGCCUUUUAUUCUUUUCGUUAAUUUCUCAUGCUUUUGCUUCCUUCUGUAUCAUUUAUUUAAAUCUAAUCAGACUCACCCCUAAUUUAGGCAUUAGAUCAAUGGGAGUUUGAUAAGUAGAAUUGUAGAAAUGAAAUCACUCCUAAUCUUACUGUUACAGUGUUACAUACGUGUUUAGAUAUAUCGUUAUUUUAAUUUUCCUUACUUGUUACACAAUUUAUUGGAGAGGUUUUAUCAUACUACUACAGUCAAUGUGUAACACGUGUUUUUAUCAGAAUUGAUGAGGACUCAAUAAUUCUAGGGAAUUAUUGGAAUUAUUGGCAUAAUUAUAGGGAAUUAUUGGCUGUGAAAUUUGUGUUUUGACCUAUAUAGACUGUAUGAUCUCUGUUUUUAUUGAAUUAUAUGGUUAAAUCAGCACUCUUGGGAUAUCCUUAUGCAUUGACAUAUUAGGGUAAUUUGAGAUAAAGAACAAGUUAUUAGAUCAGCAAGUGAUUAGUGAUUAUUAUGCAAUUUGAAAGUUAUGAUGAGUGGGGAUGUAUGGAGCGGUUGAAGUUGUUGCAAGUUGUAUGCUUGUCCUUAUGUCAUAAUGGCAUGGCUUCUCUUUGUGGUGGAGUUCAGAAAAGCUGAAUUAUUAGGAUAGCAACAUUUCCAAAUACUCUCUCAGGUGUCUGAUCCAAUGGUCACUUUUGUAGAGUUACGGUCAUUUAAGUGCAAUCACAUAUCAAUUUUCUUACAACAAUAAAACUGCGGUAAGUAAGUACUAAGUAUUAACUGUCAUAUUUUUCUUACCUACUCUACUAUAUAUGUUUACUGCAUAGUUUUGCAACUAACACAGUUGUUCUGGUACGAAAACACAAAAAGUUAUAGGAGAAUUUAGCGAGCAACAUCAAGUUGAUCUAAUGGUAAGCAAGCUUGUAUCCUUUAUAGUCGUCUCGAGUUCGAAUCCUGGGGAUCAAUUAAAACAAGAUUAUUGGAGUUUCUAGUAAUAAGAUCUAGAUACUAGAACAAAAGGCCAACAGAUUAAAAUCUUCUAAAGUGAGAAAGUUGGUAAAGUAAGAAAAUAAUAGUUUAAUCACCAUUGAAUUGUAGUGAGACUCGCACAUAAUAAAAUUUAUAAAUUCAAUGGUGCUUAACCCUUUACUUUAUCACUUUACAAUUCUCUUUACUUUAGAGGAUCUUUUUCCAAGAUGAAAGUAUUAAAUACAUAAAAAAUACCAAAUAUUAUGUAUAAAUGCAUAAAAUAGAGUUGGGGUGGUUUCUAUUGUGAAAGAAAAAAAGAUAAAAUUUCGCUUUAAAUGAUUUGGUAGUAAAUUUAGUUGUUUACCUCAUUUAGAAAUAGACUACAUGGAGGGUUGUUCAAUAAUAAAAAGUAGAAGGUGACUUAAGGAAUUAUGUGUAGAAUAUACAUUGAAAUCUAUUUGAAAAGAUUUAGAUUUUAAUGGUUUGAAUAUACAAAUUUAUGACAUAAAAAUGUAGCAUCAUUUGCUUGAUAUAGUUGACUCCACCUAGUUGGAUAAAGUUAAGUAGUUGUUAUACUUUGGUCACCUAUUAACCUAGGAGAGGGGACCAGCAUCAGUUCACAUGAAUGUUGCUAGAAUACAAUUUUACAAAGCUAGUAGCCCAAUUUGUCAAUUGUCUUUAGGCUUUUCAGUAUCAACAAAAUGGUAUUUGAUCUUUAUCUUUCUUUUGCUGUAAUUUUGUGCUUCAACUAAACAUUAUAAUGUUCCAGAUUGAAUUUUUUAUUUGUGUAUACAAAAUUUUUAUUGUUUUGAACUUUUGAUUCUGAAUCUUUGGAACAAUUGUUAGGCUUAUCCACUUAUAACAGUUGAAUAACCUUAUCUGAAUAAACUUAUGAAAAAUGUAGAGGAAACAUUGAAAGUGAAAACUUUUACCCUGAAGCAGAGACUAGGUAGAAGAAUACACUUAGAUGAAAUUGAAAGGAAGGUGGAGGGAAUGGAGAAUUCUUGUCUUUUAAUUAAUUGUUUGUUACAAGAGGGUCCAAGUUCUCUGCUCCUUGAGCAGACUAAAUGGUCUUCAACUUGUUUUAAACAGAAAAAUUUGGAGUUUCUCUUGUGUCAUAAAUUGUGUGGAAAAUAUAAGACAAGGUUAUAACAAUAGUGGAGAUUCUCCAGUCAUUCUCCAUAGGCUCUUUGCUGACGUUUUAGAAGCUUUGGUCCCAUAUUACUUGCAGACAAGGUAAGGAAAAACACCAAUAAUUGUUCAUUGCCAUAAGUACCCUCUCUGCCUUUUAUUUAUCCUCUCCACAGAUGCAACUUUAAUAGUUUCAUAACAAUUGUAGGCUACCGUUUUCUGAUUCAUUAUUGCACUCCCUUUAUUCAGUUUGGAAAAAGAAAAUUAUAAUUAUUAGUUGGAAUUUUUUAAUGAGUGGAUAAUUUUUAGGAGAGACUUGAAAUAUUCGCAACUGUAGAUAUUGGAUUUGAGCUUCAAUAACUAAUCAGUAGUUGAAUUAUACAGGGUGCAAUCUUGAGCUUUUUGGGGACAAGAAACUGGGCUUAAAGAAAGAAAGUAGAGAUUAUAGAGAAAAAUUAAUAACGGUCCACCUUGAGUAGUGAAAAUGGACAAGGCUAGUAUAAAUAGGUUUGAUCUGUAUUUCUAAAAUGUGGCUUAAAUUUGUUACUUGGUACAGGUUUUCUUUUGGAAAAAGACUCUCUAAAGUGGGGAGAUUGAUGAAGUGAGGGGUUAAUCACCAUUAAAUUUGUAACUUUCAUCGUAUGUAAGUCCCACUAUCUUAAUUUGAGAAUGAUGAAACACUUACUUUCUCACUUUACCGACCUCUUCACGAUAGAGAAGCUUGAUCAUGUUUUUCUAAAACCUAAUUCGGCUAAAAAGCCUAUUUAGAGGCUUACUUGGUAGUUAGACUUUUAGAUAUAUUAGAAGCCUACUUAUAAUUGACUAUAGAAAUUCUAGUAGAGCUCUAGGUCUCUCAACAAAGACCUUUUUCUAUUCUCCAAUUUUAAACUCAUUAUCACUUAAUUAAGUGGUCAAAGCACUUAGUUACUUAGACCAAACUCGCAUUGCUUGCCAAAAGAACCCUUGAAAGAUAGGUUGAAAUGUUCCUUAAAUAGGCUAAUUUUAUUUCUAAUUUCUCUUCUAUCAUAUUAUUAAUUUUUAAUUUUAAUAUCAAUAAUACAAGAUAAUUAGGCUAGUCUUCUAGGCCUUAUAACCUUUUAAAAAAAAAAAAUUAAUAGCCUAUUGUUUGAUCUUUUUUAACUGAAAAGGUUUAUUUAGCCUUGCUCGUAUACUAAAUAGGCUAUACACCAAAUCCAAAAGCCCCUGACAUGUUUUGCCGCUUGAUAUAGGUAAAAGUUGUUUGAUUCCUUGUAGAUAUGUCUGCGUGACUUUAUCUUAUUUCAUAUUUCAUUCAGGUUUUGCUAUUAGCUAGGUUCUAUGUGAACAUUGUGCAUAACGCUUUGAACAAGUGAACCAUAUAGGAAUUCACCUAAGAGAAGCAAGUUGGUAUCAUUGUUGAUGUAGGAUAUGGUAAGUGUAAGUGUGCAACUCUCAAAGUGCCCAUUUAAAGCAAGUAAAAACGUGGUAACAUUAGUUUGCCUAAAGGGGGAAAGUCUUAAGAUUUUUUUUAAUUAUUUGUAUAUAGUAAGGUCCAAAAUAUUUUGAAGGCCCUAGGCUGUCCCCAACUAUUUAAAGCAUCCAUGAGACCAUCCAUGAGGACCAGCCCUUUCUUCUGAUCACUAUUCUCCUCUGCAUUAUGUGAGCUUUGUCCCUCUAGACUGUAAGAAAAAAAAAAAAAACCCAUGAUUCCACCUCCAUUCUGAAUUCUAUUUGUACCGAAGUUGUUGAUACUUGAUACAUAAACCACAUAAUAAAUAGAUGAGGCGUAGAUCCUCCAAAAAGAAUGAAGAAAUAAUGGAAUUAGAUAAGCUUAGCAGUAGGAACCUUGAAGAUCCACCUAUCUCUGGUGCUUACAUCCGGAGCCUAGUGAAACAACUAAACACAUCAACAACAACAACAAAUGAAUCCAUGAACUCAAAAGGCCAAGAUUGUUUUGUUGCAAGAAAACAUGGAAAGGCACAUCAAUCCACACAACAACAACCACAACAGCAGCAUAAGAAACAAGUUAGGAGGAGACUUCACACUAGCAGGCCUUAUCAAGAGAGGCUUCUGAAUAUGGCUGAGGCUAGGAAGGAGAUUGUAACAGCCUUGAAAUUUCAUAGGGCUGCUAUGAAGCAAGCCAGGGAAAGACAGCAACAACAGCAACAACAGCAGCAGCAGCAGCCGCCGCCACCGCAAGUGCAAGAACAGCAUCAGCAAAGUUUUGAACAAGAUGGAAGAUUCAAGGGUAGGAGAAACCCCAGAAUUUAUCCAUCAUGCAGAGCCAAUUUUCCAAAUAAAAUGGAGGAUUUUUCAUGUUCAUACUUAUCUCAACCUCUUCCUCCUCCAUCUACCUUGGCUCCAAACUCUUACACCUGGGCUAAUGCUCCUUCCUUAAUUACUCAACCGCCACAAACCCUUUUGGCUGAAAACCCCAAUUUUGUACUUCCUAGUCAGACUCUUGGAUUGAACCUCAAUUUCCAUGAUUUCAACAACUUAGAUGCUACCCUUCACCUUAACAACUCUUCAUUAUCCUCAUACUCAUCUCCAACCUCCUCUUCUCCUCCUCUUUCUGUUGUGACUGAUCAGGAAGCUCAUUCAGUUGGAAUGUCACAGGGCCAGGGAGAUGGAUCUUCUUCACUGGUGGAUACAAUUCAAUCCGGUGCCACGACUCGGACUAGUGGAAGUGGAGAUCUUCAUACAGCCAUGGAUGAUGAGGGCAUGGCAGAGAUCAGAUCCUUAGGUGAGCAAUAUCAAAUGGAAUGGAGUGAUACCAUGAACUUGGUCAAAUCAGCAUGUUGGUUCAAGUACUUGAGAAACAUAGAACAUGAGGUACCUGGAGUCAAGAUUGGAGAUGGUUCAUACCAUUUUUUUGAUGAAGUUGUUGAGUUUCCAGCUUGGUUGAAUGCAAAUGGGAGCUGCUUAGAGAAGUGCUCUGAUGAGUACUUCCAAGAUUCUGCCUUACCUUGCAUGGACAUUGGAGAUAUUGAAAGCAUGGAUGGAGAUUGGUUAGCAUGAGAAGGAUUCAUUGUUUUGGUCACAUCAAAAUUUUGCUCUGAUUUUGUAGUUUCUUUUGCUUUAGGUAAAUGGGGUUUUGGGUACUAUUAUUAUCAUUCCCCUCCUCCCCUCUUCUUUUUGGUUUUUUGGAUAUUUUUAUUAUUAUAUAUAUAAGGCUUGAAAAAAUUUAAAAGAGGAUGAUAGCAUCAAUAUUCAAUAGUAUGAGUGAGACAAAUUUUUUUUCUCCCAUUACUCUUAUGUCAAUGUAUUUGUUGUAAUAAUGAUUAAUAUCAAUCAGUAUUGCUGAAUUCUCUUUGAAUCAUAAAGAUUGCGAGAAGCCACUAAGAGUUUGGAGCUAUAGAAGACUGGAACUCAGGCUGUUGUUAGUUAUGUAAUUUGAGUGUUUGACAAUGAACACAUGAAAAAUUCUGAUGAGGAAUCUCAAUUUAAAGCUUAAUUAUAC